AACACGGAUUUUUUAUAAAAUAGUCAUUUUAAUCUGAAACAAUGUCUGAUAACAUUAUUAACAAUGAUAGCAAAAAUUUAGAAAUUCCUGAAACAGUCAAUUCACAUCCACUUUGCCCAUUAUGUUGGAUUUUAAUACAAGAGAUUAGAAAAUGCAGUGGAUUGACAGAGGAGACAUCGACUGGAAAUUAUGUGAAUCCCUGUCGUCUAUUCUUCAAUCAAGAUAUACAGAAUAAUAUAAAGACGAAUAGUAAUGUCGCAAAAAGUCUAACAGUUGAUAGGCGUAACUCAUCAACAGCACAUGAUCAUAUCUCUGUAAUUAUACGGGAUGAAUUAAAGCGUUUCUGUGAGAAUACUACAAUACGUGGACUACCACGUAUAGUUCGUUCACAUAAUCGUUACUUACGCUUUUUGUGGUUAAGUUUAGUGUGUAUUCUAGUGUUAGGAUGCUUCGCUUGUAUGUUUUUCUUAGCAAGACAAUACUUAGAAUAUAAUGUAAUACAUCCACCACGUGUACUUCGGCAUACAUCUAGUCCGUUUCCAUCUGUAACUGUGUGCAACUUUCGUCCAAUCUCACCGGAUGGAUUAAAGUAUUUACAAAUGAAUGGUUGGAAGACACCAAGACAAUUUGUCUUAGAUAUGGCUGCAUAUGCACAGCACAUGUUUUAUAAUAAACAAAAAAUGGAAGAAUAUAAUGCAGCAAGUGCAGCAUUCUCACUUGCAGGAUUUCUUGAAAGUCUUCCAAACAAUGAAGAACGUAGAAAACUUGGUUAUCAGCAUAAUAAAUUGAUAAUUAAAUGUCAAAUAACCUAUCUAAAUGGAAGUAAGCCUGUAGCAGCACCAUGUGAACGUAAAGGUGUUUGGCGUAAGUUUAUACAUGCACAAUAUUUGAAUUGUGCUACAUUUGAACCAUACAGUUAUCUUCGUUCUGAUACUACGAACAUUGAAAUGUACAUUUAUUUGGAUGAAAUGUUACAACGUGCUCACUGUGUCGACUGUUUUCAUGGUGAAGUUAAAUCACAAUUAUCCGGUGCUUUAAUAUCAAUACAUGGUGCUGAUAUACUACCAAAUAUCAAUGAUAAAAGUAUUAAUUUAAAACCAGGUACACUGACUGAAUUGCGUUUAUCCAUUGUAGAGAAUAUUCAACAGAUGCCACCAUAUGGUAGAUGUUCUAUGAAUCAUCCAAUCAAUUUACAACUACACGAUAUGAUUUAUAAUUAUUCUGAGUAUGCAUGUCGUCAAGCUACAAUUCAAAAUGAAAUCAAUCAAAGAUGUGGUUGUUAUUCAAUGGAAUAUCCAUAUAAUGAGCAUACAGGCUAUGAACCAUGUACUGGUCUAUCACAAUUUAUCAAUAUUUCCAGUUGUAAUCGUAAUGAAUUAUCAAUGGAUGUGAACAGUUUGAAUUCAACAUCAAAGAAUGAAGCAUGUAAGAAUGAGUUAAAAAAAUUUGUAGCUAGAAUGAUGUGUAAACGUUCAGUGAUUGAAAAUUAUGUCCAUGGUGCAUUGCCAAGUUGUACAAUGCCGUGUUCAUUUUAUUCUUAUGAAUCAGAACAAUCCACAUCAACAUGGCCAACUAAAAGUUGGCAGUUAACCUGGUUAAAUUCUUCAUAUAACAAAAGAUUAGGUGUCUUCAAAGGUGCAGAAUUUGAACCGUAUCAUGAAGCUCAACGUCUUUUAGAAGCAGGUAAUGAAACUGAAGCUGGAAAUAUUCUUGAAAAAACAAAUGUUUUAGAGCGUAAAUUACUUGCUGUUCUUAUAAAUCGCCCAAAUUUUGAUGUACGUAAAGUAGAAGAGAAAGAGGUUCUAUCGUUGACUAGUUUAUUAUCUCAAACAGGUGGAUUAUUCUCGAUUUGGAUUGGAUUAUCAAUGAUUUCAUUAGGUGAAGUAUUCGAAAUGUGUAUACGUUGUUAUAUUAGAGCUAAACAUUCUAAAAGAUCUUCUGCCAUAUUUCAAGAUGAUCCAGUAAGCAUAGAACAAUGUUCUUGCAGAAAUAAAUCGUCUCAUGAACAUAAUGAUCAUUAUCAAAUGUCAGAUACUAAUUAUCACCUACUCUGUAAUGCUUUAUCAAACUAUCUAAUUUGUGAUUUUAAUACAAAUAAAGAUGCUCACAACAAGAGAGUUACUGUGACAAAUAUUGAACAGAUUAGUGCAAUUGAUCCACAGAUAUACGAAGCAAAACGUAACGGUCAUGAACAACAGCAAACUAACAUAAAUGAACUACCAAAUACAUAGUAAAACAGUCCUACGUAUCCCCUAACAAGUAAUCGAAUACACACUACUGUUUGAUCAUAAACAAUUCAUCAUAUGUAUGAAGAAAGUAUGAGUUGUAAAAAUUAAAUAACUCCAUCUGGCAACACAUAUAUUUUCUAUUCAUUUUUGGACAUGACAAAUAUUAUCUUAGUGAAGAUUAUUGAUAAUAUAAAUCUAUUUUCAUUAAUUUAUCUCGGUGUUCAUAACUAUGUAAAUGAAUAAAGAUAUCAAUCCACUGAUAAAUAACUAAUCAGUAAUUAUGUCAUUGUAUCUUCAAAUAACUUUUGUAUUUUAGUAGGCAUCGAUGGAACUUUCUCGGAACGCUAUUGUCAGGUGAUCAAGAAAUAUUCUAGAAAACAAUAUGACUGACAGAAGGUUUUCAUGUUUAUAUAGGUUUGUCAUGUUAGUUGAUCAUUUGAACAGAGAAAAAGUAAACCAAACAUGAUACAAAUCAACAAUGAAUUGCUGUAAGCCAUUUUAAGAUAUUAAUUGAAUAACCGAUUUUGGUUAGUUUCAAUAACUACUUAGUAAAGUUGAUAAGUAGUCUCAAAUAUUUUACACUAAUGAAUCAGUUGAACAUUGAUUUCUUAUAGCACUGUAUGAAGAAUGUUAUGUAGUAAAUUCCGAUGUGUGGAAAAAACAUCAGCAUUAAUAUCCUGCUCUACCGAAAGUUCCAUAAAAUUCUUAAAAAUAUCUGUCAAACACUAUGUUACUUGCGUAAUCCAGUCGUCGAUUGAACCGAAUUGAUAACUGCCUAUUAGUAUAUGCGCUCCUAUGCAUAUCCCUUGAUUUAGUCUAUACCUUCCGUUUCUAUACCCCUGAUGGAUAUUAGCCAGCAUUGGAAUCCAGAAUGCCUGUUUCGCCAGAUUUGAGACUCGUCAGACGGAGAGCAAGUGCAUCCAACUAAGAAGACCCGAAUGGAACAAAACGUGCAUGCCGAAUUCCUCUGUUAUCCACUACCCAUCACUGACAUAAAAAUAUCAGCCAAAUACCUUACAGCAUGGAAUAAAAAUGUUACACAUAUACACAAACAUAUAUACCGAAUUUUCCAUUUCACCGAUGAUGAUAGAUGUCCAAUGUCUUGUCGCACAAAAUAGAAAACCUAC